UUGACAUCCUGCUAAAGGCUGUAGGAGAUACCCCUAUAAUGAAAACAAAGAAAUGGGCUGUAGAGCGAACCCGAACCAUCCAAGGACUCAUUGACUUCAUCAAGAAGUUCCUUAAACUUGUGGCCUCGGAACAGUUGUUUAUUUAUGUGAAUCAAUCCUUUGCCCCUUCCCCAGACCAAGAAGUUGGAACUCUAUAUGAGUGUUUUGGCAGUGAUGGUAAACUGGUCCUACAUUACUGCAAAUCACAGGCGUGGGGAUGAGCCACAGAUGAACAACUUGAUAUUUUAACAGAAGAAAAGACUCAGAGAAGUUUUGAUACUGUGGGGAGAGACUGAAUGGCUACCAAAUACUCAGCAUGAAUCUGCUAUGAGCUGUGCUUAUGUGUAAGAAAGCAUCAUAGAGUAAAUGGACUAAAAAAUGAGAUUUGUAUCA